AUGAUAUCGGCACCUCGGGAGCUUUCCGAAACUGGAUCAUCCAUCCGCUAUGGGUUUUCCAGACGUCUGGUCAAACCACUUUUGAAGGUGGCAAGGCUCAUACGAGCACGACAGAACGAGGACGUCUCGCCAGGCCGUUACCCUGGUCUCGAGGCCGAAAUCGACGCCUUGGAGAUUGAGCUUCUUCAGGCCCGAGAUGCUGAUAUCGCGGCUCUGUCGGCCAGCCAUCAAGAUGACGGCAACCUCCUCCAUCUCAACGAAGCGGUGUAUUCUGCUGCAGUCAUCAUUUUCUAUACCCGAAUGCGAGAUAUGCCCUGGACCUCUGCGCUUAUUCGCAGCCAUGUCCAAACCGCGUGCUCCGAACUUUCUCACCUAGACCUACAAUCGCCCAUCUCCAGGGCAGUCAUUUUCCCCUACUACUUUGCCGGCUGCGAGGCUGUCGGCUCCUCGACGCGAGAAACCAUCCGCAAGCAAGUAAGCUAUCUUCCGGACACUUGGUUCAACCGCGGAUCCAGGAUAUUGCAAUGUCUGGAACAUGUUUGGGCCAUCCGUGACGAAGUCCCUGGUGCUCCAUGGAUAUCAUGGAGUAGAAAAGUGUCCUCGGAAUAUGCAGAUUGCAUACCUGUUGACGUUUAUCGGGAACCUAAAACAUUUCGUCUUAGCCAACGCAAUAGCAACUGUACCAUCUGCCAUCCAGCAGUUUCCGAACAUGAAAAGCAAUCACGAAGACACAUGCUUCCACCGUACUUCCCACAGCGGGCUCCAUUUCCCUUGUUAUGUCUCCUGUACUUUUAG